AGACAACAGAGAGAGCAAAGAGGAGGCGAGAGAGGGAGAAAGACACUUGGGAUCAGCAGAGAGGGGAGGGGGAAAAAGUUGGACACGGCUAAUCUUGCUGUAACUUUUUUUCCCUCUUUCCUUUCUCUGUGGAAGAAGACUCAAGAAAAAAAAAGGCAAGGGGACAAAAACUAGGCUGGAUUACAUUUGUCUGCAUUUGCAUCGCCCUGCAGGAUUCCCAAGCCGGACCUUGGAUCUAUACACGCACAACAGCGGAUUAAUGUGGUCGCAAACUUGUGGAUUUAUCAGAAAUUGAAGCUGGUGGCUGGAGUGAGGUGAGGUGGUGUUUUUUGGAGGAGUGAAACCAUGUGGCUUUUCUGCUCCUCUCUGGCUCUGCUGGCCAUCAGCUUUGGAUCGUGUGACCCUCUGGUGUCCGAACAAGAUGUGCAGUGCCCGUCCUUACAAGUGGAGGACUGGAAGUUUCCCCAGAGCGCCAGGACCAACAUCACCGGUUUUAAUCUGGUGAGGCGAUUUUCCCUGCUCAAGAGCAAAGAUGUCAAGAAGAUCCGUAACCCUCGAGGAGCUGUCAUCCUCCGCUUGGGCAAGACUGCGCUCUUACGACCCAGCGACCAGGUGUUCCCCUAUGGCCUGCCAGAGGAGUUCACUCUGGUCUUCACCCUGGCGUUAAAGAAGGCUGCCUUGAGAGACACCAUCUACCUCUUUCAGAUAUCGGAUGCGCAGGGAUAUCCACAGCUCUCCGUAGACGUCAGCGGCCCAGAUCGCACCCUGUCCUUUCGAGCCAAAGGGGCAAACCCUUCAGCGGACCUGGUGGGUUGCGUUUUCACUGGAGAGGGAGUGGAAGCCUUGAUGGAUCUGCACUGGCACAAGUUGGCCCUCAGUGUCCAACACGGAGCUGCUUCCCUCCAUGUGGAUUGCAGCUCAAUUGAGACCAAACCCCUGGAGCGCAGAGGAGCCCUUCCCUCUGAUGGACACACUCUGCUGGGUAUUCGGGCGUCAGAUGCUGGGGCUGUGCAAAUGGAUAUUCAGCAGGCAAUGCUGUAUUGUGACCCCUCACUUGCCAUGCACGAGGCCUGCUGUGAAAUACCUGGGGCACGGUGCCCUCCUGAUGCUCCCAAGAGCCGCCGUGCUGCUGAAAACGACCUGUUGGACAACACAUUUAACCAGGAGAUUUUUGCAUCCAAGGAUCUUGCAGAAAAAUGUGGGGGGUGUUUACUCCUGAAUAGGGAAGAAAAUGUUGUAAACUUCGGCGGGGUUGCUGGGGUGAAAGGUGAAAAAGGGGACCGGGGUGAUGACUGUUCUGGCUCCCAUUCAGGUCCAUGCACAGAAGGACCCAAGGGGCAGAAGGGAGAGAAAGGCGAGUCGGCGACCCCUGCCAACUGGGGCGAAGCAGCUGGGUACAAGGGAGACAAAGGUCAGAAGGGUGAGAGGGGUCCACAGGGUCUGACAGGCACCCCAGGAAAGGAUGGUCGAGCGGGAUCGGUCUGUGUGGUCGGCCCCAAGGGACAGAAGGGUGUCCCUGGUAUGGUAGGUCCGGAAGGAUUGGCAGGAGAGCCGGGAAGGCCGGGACUUCCAGGCCUACCAGGGGUCGGAAAACCAGGUCCUCCAGGCCCUCCUGGUGAACCCAGCGGUGCAAAAGGAGAAAAGGGCGAUAAAGGAACUUCUGGAGAAGAUGGAUUCCCUGGAGAACCAGGUCCAAGAGGACCACCUGGAUAUAAAGGAGAGAAGGGUGACCCAUGCGAAGUGUGUCCAGUGCUGCCUGCAGACAUAGGCAACAAAGUGGCUUUGCAAGGGAAACCUGGCCCUAAAGGAGAGCCCGGAUUACCAGGGAUAGGAGAGAGAGGACCGUCUGGUCUUCGAGGUGCAGAUGGCAAGGAAGGACGGAAGGGAGAACCAGGAUCUGAUGGUACCAAAGGUGAAAAGGGAGAGUCGUGUUCUGCGUGCCCCACUCUCGGAGAGUUUUCUAACUCUGUCCCCGGUGUCAUGACCCAAACCCAACAGCAAAAAGGCGAGAAGGGAGAAGCUGGAAUUGGGCAGAAAGGAGAGAGGGGGCAGCCGGGAGAUGUAGGGCCGGCUGGUCUUAGAGGAGAGCAGGGUAAUCCAGGCAGCAGAGGAGCUGAUGGAAAGACCGGAAAACCUGGAUCAAGGGGACCAAGUGGCAAGGAUGGACAGAAAGGUGAAAAGGGAGAACAAGGGCAGCCUGGUGUUAGUUCUCCGGGCCAAAAGGGUGAGAAGGGCGAGUGUGGUGUGUGUGAAUCAUCAGAGGUUGGCCGGAUACCUGCUAAUAUCAAAAUGCCAGUGGGAGCAAAAGGCAGUCAAGGUGAACCAGGCCCUCAGGGGCCACCAGGACCUCCAGGUCUUGGGGCUGAAGGCAAACAGGGCCCAUCAGGGCUGCCUGGUGCCAAAGGAGAAAAGGGUGAGCAAGGAGAUCGAGGAGAGAAUGGAUUAGAUGGAGCUACUGGAGCCCCAGGACUGCCUGGAGACCAUGGUCGGGAUGGCCAACGGGGCUUGAAGGGAGAAAAGGGGGAUGCGUGUACCAGCUGCCCUUCUGCUGGUGCUGUUGUGGGUGACGGUGUAGCUGUGCCAGGCCCCAAAGGAGAGAAAGGAGACCCCGGCCCCCCAGGAGAAGGAAAGUCUGGCAAAAAUGGAAAGCCAGGUUUGCCUGGUGUGCAGGGCCCCGUCGGUCCCAAAGGAAUCAAGGGAGAAGUCGGAGUCCCAGGAAUUGGCCUUCCAGGACCACAAGGUGAAGAGGGACCAAGAGGACUCCCAGGACUUGUAGGACCUGCUGGUGCCAGAGGAUUACCUGGGCCUGCUGGCCCUGCAGGGGAGAAGGGCUUCAAAGGUGACUCUGGGUUUCCUGGACCACCUGGUCCCCUGGGCGUUGGAGUAACAGGCCCCCCGGGUAGAGAUGGAGCCCGCGGCUCCACGGGACUGCCGGGAGCUGAUGGAAGACCUGGGCUUGAUGGAGCUAAAGGGGACAAGGGUGAACCUGGAGAGUGCGGCUGCCUAAUGCCGCACACGGGCGUAGGCGGACCUGGAGCUCCAGGAACUCCAAUAAACACGUGGCAGCCCGGGCCUCAGGGUCCCCCAGGACCUCCUGGCCCACCUGGACCCCCUGGGCCUCAGGGAGUUAUUGGAAGCCAAGGACCUCAGGGUAUCCCUGGAAACGACGGGCUACCGGGGAAACCGGGUUUGCCUGGAAACAUCCCUUACAUCGGACCAAACCAACUGCCUCGAGACUCCCCGGGAAGUCAGGAUGAUGACUGCGAAGGGGGAUGUUCCCAAGGGUUGCCAGGGGUGCCGGGGAUGGUUGGUGCCAAGGGAGAAAAGGGAGACCAGGGCAGGCCUGGCGUAACUCCCUUGGACAGCUGUGACUUGUGUUUGGAGAGACUGCAGACGGAGCAGGCAACACAACCAAGGGGCGAUCAGCCUUGUGUGGGAACACCUGGAAUCCCAGGAAUGCCUGGAUCACCGGGAACAAAAGGAGAUCCAGGUCCAUCCGGAGAAAGAGGCCAAGCGGGAAUGCCCGGAAACAUGGGACCUCCUGGAUUUCCAGGUUCUCAGGGCCCACCUGGUUUACCUGGUCAACAGGGUGAGCGAGGGUCAGAUGGCCUCCCGGGAAUGAAGGGUGAUCAGGGUCCUUCAGGGACGCCUGGGUACCCAGGAACCAUGGGCCCUCCUGGACUGCCUGGACUCAAGGGCGAACGUGGAAGCCCAGGAACUGCUGGCCUAAAAGGAGAAUCAGGGCCUCCUGGUAACCCUGGAUAUCAAGGACAAGCUGGAUUGCCGGGCAUUAAAGGAGACAGUGGACCAGCAGGGCCUGCUGGUGCUAAGGGGGAUCAGGGCUUCCAAGGACAACCAGGCUUCCCAGGACCACCUGGACCACCAGGUCCUGCCGGCAAAACUGGAAGGGAAGGGCUUCCUGGGCUCAAAGGGGAAAAAGGCAACGACGGCACUCAAGGCCCUCAAGGAUCAAGUGGACCACCCGGUUCAACCGGGUCGCCAGGGUUGAUGGGGCCCCGUGGCAUUGACGGAAUUGACGGAAAAGAUGGGAAACCAGGACUGCGGGGAGAAACAGGGCCUCCAGGCCCAGCAGGACCCCGGGGAAUGCCCGGAUUCAAAGGGAAAACCGGCCACGUUGGCUUUCCCGGACAGAAGGGUGAAGCCGGACCCACAGGUCCACCAGGGCCACCUGGCAGACCGGGACAUGAGGGUGAUCCAGGUACGCCAGGACCUCAGGGGAGACCUGGACCUCCGGGCCACCUUGGCUCUACAGGUCCAUCUGGACCUCCAGGACCUCCAGGCCCAUCAGGAGUGGGUAUAAAAGGAGAUAAGGGCCAGGAUGGAGAGAGGGGUCUCCCAGGGAUGCCAGGAUCUCCAGGGCCACCGGGGCACCCGGGGCCUAUGGGUGAGCCAGGAAGCGAUGGUUCUCCUGGAAAAGAUGGAGUGGCAGGUGUGCCAGGGGACAAUGGGCAGUCAGGGCAAAAGGGUGAGGCAGGGACUCCUGGCCAGAGGGGUCCUCCAGGAGAAAGAGGUAGGCCAGGGCCCCCUGGUGGAGGAGCAUAUAGUUCCAAGGAUGCACAGCCCAUGAUUGGCCCAGUCGGCCCCAGAGGGGAAAGGGGAAGUCCAGGCUCAGCAGGUGCCCCCGGCCCCCCUGGUCUUCCAGGAUCGCCAGGAAAUGACGCUGUUGUCAAUUACGAUGAAGUCAAGAACUUCAUUCGCCAACAGGUCAUUAAGAUCUUUGACGAGAGAAUGGCCUAUUACAUGUCUCGCAUGCAGAUGCCAGUAGAGAUGGUGGCGUCCCCGGGUCGGCCUGGGCCUCCAGGGAAAGAUGGAACUCCUGGUAGUCCCGGAACCCCAGGUGCCCCCGGUCUUCCAGGACAGAUUGGCCGACAAGGCCGGCCAGGAGGACAAGGACUCCCAGGACCACGAGGACCGUCUGGAGAAAAAGGAGACAAGGGUGUUGGAGAGAUGGGAGAUGUAGGCCCUCCUGGAGCACCGGGUGUUCCAGGCCCCCCAGGCUAUGGUAAGAUGGGACCCCCUGGUCCCGUUGGCCAGCAGGGUGUCCCUGGGAUCCCAGGCCCUCCUGGACAACAGGGUUCCAAAGGAAAAGAUGGCCGCUGUAAUCCCGCAGACUGUAUGAGCCAUCCAGUAGAAUACAGCCCCAAGGGCCCAUCUGUCAAGGGCCCCUGGUAAAGGGCUACAGGGGAUGGAGGAAAGGGGCAGGGGGGCUGAAGCAAAAAGACUACAAGGAGAAGAAAGAAAGCCAAACACCGUGACCCAAAGUUAUUAAGUCUGACCACAAGAUGGAAUAUAGGCACUGCCUUUGUUGUUGAAUAGCUAGAUUUACCCUCACCGAUUUCUUCUAUAGUUCUGAGCAAACAUCUGCGAUUUCUUUCUAAGGGCCUCGCUGGAACUGAGACCUGCAAAGAUACACCGGCAGCACAUUUUUAUUGCAUCAUUGUUGUUCCCCCACGAAAGCCAAUUCAUUGCUUUUAUUUCCUGCUCUUAUUUUUGGUCUUGGCUCAUUUUUUUACAUUUUCCUCGCUGUGUUUUAUUCCUUUUGUAUAUUUUAAAACAACCCAGGAGAGGUGACAAGAAUCACAAACUGCAGUUUCUUCUUCUUCUUUUCUUUAAGAUUCUGGUCUCGGCUGUUGUUUUUCUUUUUUUUUCUACUCUUUUUUUCUACCUUUUGUUUGUAUAAAUCUGUAGGAAGAGAAUACACACAAUUAUGUUAGCACUGCUGCCAUCUCUCAUAUCUCUGUUCCUUUCUGACACAAUCCCAUUCUGAGUGCAUCCCAUGCAUUUCUAAUAUCCUGUCCCUGUGCUUGAGGUGUGAAGAAACAUAUUUGAAUUUGACUUUUAAGAGAAAAUCCCCUGGAAAUGUUUUCCAGUUCUAUAGAAACAGAUGUCAAAAACUUACAUUCAAGGAGUAUCUGAUGGAUUGACUGUUUUGUAUAUAUUUAUUUUUUAUAUAUAUAUAUGGUGGCUUUUUAUACACUUUCAAAUGUUUUGAUAAAAAGUAUGGCUAGCCCCUUGUCUUUUUUUAUUGUCAAUGGUUAUCCAGCAAUAAAAAGUGCCAAAAAAAGGGAUUUUUUUUAAGGUCGAUAAGCUUUCAAAAUGGAAUGAUGUGUGCAGAAAAAACAGCUUAUUUAUAAAAAAAUACUUUUACACAGAAGACACAUUGGAUUUUGUAAUUAUGUUGGUAAAGUUCAUUUUGUGUCCUCUUUUAAUGCCAUUAUGUUUGGAAAUGCAACCACUUUAAAACAUUUCCUUCCAUUUUGUACUUCAAAGUAGCGGCAAAAGCCAUCUGUGUGCUUCACUCUGCCCAGAUUUGAGAAGAAGCAGAAAACAUGAGCAGCAAUUGGGCCCAUUUACCACAGGUACUGUAAUCCAAGCACAACCACCAAACCCUCACAAUCACAUAAGGAUAACAACAUAUUCUGAAAAAGCCUCACAAAGUGCUUUUGCAGUGCUACAUGUUACUGUAUUUUGGGGCUUUAUCUGUUAUUUUAUCAUUUUUUUGGUUUUGUUUUUUUUAUAUCUGGAACUCUGUGAAGCUGUGGUCAGACUUUAGUUUUCCACAAAAUAACCCAAGGGGAAUGUUAAACUGAAUUAAAUUGCUUUUCAAAAAAAAAA